UCAACACAGCAACGUUUUGGAGAAGGCAGUGGGUUGCCGCACGUUGUUUUCAUUUUUUCUCCCGGCCCAGUUUGUUGUCUCGUCGACUCUUUUACACUUUUAUAACCAAUCAAUAGAUCCCUCGUCGACUCCACAGUGCUUUUCUCUCAAAUUCGGUGUUGUGUUUGGUCUGUUCUUGACUUCAAAUCGAAUCUCGCUUGGAUAUUCUGCUCGCCGCUGUUUCGCCGAUCCUCGUCAGUGAUAAUUCCGGUGAUAAUAUUUUUGUCCUCCGUGAUUUUUUACCAUCGUACGCAUUUAUUAAAAUUGUCGUAAUCCCGUUACGAUCUAGUUUUAUUAAAUAUCCAACCCCGCCAAGUGAGCAUUUGAUUUUGUUUAUUUACAUUUCCAUUCAGUGAUAAGAAAACUGUGCUAUUAUCAUCGCCUUCCUGGAUUUAACUUUUGUUAUCGUUUUUUAUAUCAAUAUUUACUUACCCCGUGCUAAUCGCGUGCUUAAUUAAUCCCCUUCAGUUUCGUAAUAUUUUUAUUAUCGUAAUUAUUAAUCAUUAACGUUGAACCUAAAUUAGUGUAACCAAGUGCAAUUUAUUUUUAAACUUCUCGGAUCUACCCACUUAUUAUCAUUUGUGCUUCGAUCAAAUUUGGAUUUGACAAAGUUCUCAUCGUUCUACAACCCAACAUUUUCGUGAAACCCAACGGAUUUACGUGUGCAGUGCCUGGAAUUUGGAUUACUUUUACUCCACCGACCCGGUCCUAGUGAAAGUGAUUACCUCGCGAUCAGAAACCAGAUUCACUCCUUCGUUUCGAUUUUGUUUUGGUGCUACCACUCGUCGAUCAGUGCAAUACAACUUUCUGCUUGACCCUUUCAAGCUAGUAUGGAUCGUUCGGUUUCGUCUUAUUCGGUUUAUUUGCGAGUGUUGUGUGCGUCUCUGAUUUUAGCGUAGCGUUUUGGCUGAUUUGCGGGCCGGGCUCUGUUUUGGUGUAGUAUGCAACGGUUGUCAGUCUGGCUCACUCGAUAAUGGUUCCGGUCAUUCGCGAUAUCAAAGAGGAAAACGUGCCGAUGUUUCGGAUCUGUGAAAUCAAGCAAGAAGUGCAACCGACAAUGACUUCGUCAUCGGUGACAUCGUCCAACAGUGAGAUGAUCCGCGUGAUCCACCACUCGCCGAGUAGUGCCCAUAUCACUCCGCAAUCGAGUAACCACAACCACCACGGUCGCAUGAACGGGUCGGUCAUUACCAACGGUGGUAGUAAUGGGGAUUUUCGGAUUCCGAAUGCACCUCCGCUGGUGUCGUCGUCCACUUGCUCGCCCCCCGGGGGGUCCGCGGUCAUAAUGCGCCCCCCGCCGCCGCCACCCCCGCCUCCUGCAAGGGUCCACAUCAAGCAGCAUCAACCCCACGAAGAACCCUCCAGCUCCAUCCCUGAUUUAGAAUUCGAUGGCACAACUGUUUUAUGUCGAGUAUGCGGUGACAAAGCCUCAGGGUUCCAUUAUGGCGUCCAUUCGUGCGAGGGCUGCAAGGGAUUUUUCCGGAGGAGCAUCCAGCAGAAGAUCCAGUACCGCCCCUGCACCAAGAACCAACAGUGCGCUAUCCUAAGGAUUAACCGCAACAGAUGCCAGUACUGCCGCCUGAAAAAAUGCAUCGCUGUUGGGAUGAGCCGUGAUGCUGUCCGGUUUGGUCGCGUGCCGAAGCGGGAGAAGGCGCGGAUCCUGGCGGCGAUGCAGCAGUCGACCAACUCGCGGUCGCAGGAAAAAGCCGUCGCCGCCGAGCUGGAAGACGAGCAGCGCCUCCUCAACACGGUCGUCACCGCCCACCUGGACACGUGCGAGUUCACCCGGGAAAAGGUGGCGCCUCUCCUCCAGAGGGCGCGCGACGACCCCGAGUACACCGCCUGUCCUCCCACUCUGGCAUGUCCGCUAAAUCCUAAUCCUCAACCUUUGACUGGUCAGCAAGAACUUCUUCAGGACUUCUCCAAAAGAUUCUCACCUGCCAUCAGAGGUGUCGUAGAGUUUGCCAAAAGAAUACCCGGAUUUGCUUUGCUACCUCAAGAUGACCAAGUCACACUCCUCAAAGCAGGCGUCUUCGAGGUUUUACUCGUUCGCCUCGCUUGUAUGUUUAAUGCUCAGAAUAACAGUAUGAUUUGCCUAAAUGGACAAGUCCUAAGAAGAGAAUCUGUCCACAACAGUCCUAAUGCGCGGUUUCUUAUGAAUAGUAUGUUCGAUUUUGCUGAAAGACUAAAUUCCUUACACUUGUCUGAUGCUGAAAUCGGUCUAUUUAGCUCCAUCGUCGUUAUUGCUCCUGAUCGACCAGGAUUGAGAAACGUCGAACUGAUAGAAAGAAUGCAAAAUAAAUUGAAGAUGGCAUUACAAAUAGUAGUCAAUCAAAAUCACUCGACAAUGCAAACAGGUAAUUUGUACCACGAACUAAUGAAGAAAAUCGCUGAUCUCCGAACUUUAAAUACGUUACAUUCAGAAAAGUUAUUAGCAUUUAAAAUGACUGAACAACAGCAGCAGUUGCAGCAGCAGCAGCAACAGCAACAAGCACAGCAGCAACUGUGGGGAAUUUCCAUUACGGAGGAAGAGAACUGCAGCAAAAGCCCCGUAGGCUCAUCCUCGUGGUCCUCCUCCAGUGACGUCACAAUGGACGAAGUGAAGAGUCCACUAGGCUCUGUCUCCAGCACAGAAUCCAUGUGCUCCGGAGAGAUGAACGACUAUCCUCACCAUAAUGUAACAAGCCAACAUGCAGCCAACGCUCCUCUGUUAGCCGCAACCUUAGCUGGUAAUAUCUGUCCUCAUAGGCAUAGAGCGAACUCCGGAUCAACCUCCGGAGAAGAUGACAAAUCUACCAUUUUAACCAUCAAAUCCGUCAACAUCAUUAACAGUAGUAAUGUAAGUAACAAUGUAAAUAGUAGCAAUAACCGAACUUCUUUCCGAAAAUUAGAUUCUCCUAGUGACUCAGGAAUCGAAUCCGGCACGGAAAAAAUAGAUAAAUUAACGAAUAGUGCUCCUACGUCCGUCUGUUCAAGUCCUAGAUCAUCGUUAGAAGAUGAUCACCAUCACCAUCAUCAACAGAACCAUAAUCAUAUCGUAGAGGAUAUGCCCGUUUUAAAGAGAGUCUUGCAAGCUCCUCCUUUGUAUGAUACCAACUCAUUAAUGGAUGAAGCUUACAAACCUCACAAGAAAUUCCGUGCUCUAAGGAACAAUGUAUGUAAUGGUGCAAGAGAUUCAGCAGAAGCUGAGCCCAUGAUCAUUAUAAAUGGUCACUCUCAUCCAAGUGAAAACCAAUCAUCACAGCUACACCAUCAUCUAACUACAUCUUCUUCAUCGUCGUCACUAUUGUCAUCAACUCACUCAACCUUAGCGAAGUCCCUCAUGGAGGGGCCAAGAAUGACACCUGAGCAGCUAAAAAGGACAGAUAUCAUUCAUAACUUCAUCAUGCGAGGUGAAGCUCCUAGUGCUAAUUUUAAUGUAUACAACAUUCCACAUCAAAGUAGAUGGGGUAGUAGUAACAACACAAGUGUAAUUACAACAACAAAUCGUGGUUCAACUCCUUCCUCCUUAUCACCAUCAUACAAUCAUCUUCUGUCCUCAGCAUCUUCCUUACCCAGUAUAGAACAUUCUUCUGUAUCUCAACGACAUUUACAUCCUCAGUCUGUGUCAGCACCCAUUUCUCCAUCCUCAACGUCACCUUCCUUGUUGCGGAUGUCAAGUCCAGCAGCAUCUCCUACCCCAAGUAACGUUGUUGAGUUGCAAGUUGGAAUUGCUAACUCUCAGCAACCCUUAAAUUUAUCAAAGAAAACUCCUCCGUCAUCCCCUCGACCUCCAUCUGCUAAUUCGCACAAAAUUGUAAAGAUGGAAGCCUAGGCGCUAAAUCUGUAUGACUUUUAACUUCCUUGGUUUGCUGUGAAGAAUACAUGUGGUACUUAUGCUCAAAGUAACACUGUAUUGACAUAUCUAGAAGUUCGCAGAGUUAAAUACAGAAACUCAUUCAUAUCAGUUUUAUUUAUUCAUGGUUAAAAUAUUAUCAAUUUUAAAUCAUGAUUUUGUUGUUGAUUGGUAUUUUUCUCUGCAUUUCCCUUGAAAUCAAUCUCUUUUACUUUAUUUUUUCAUGUAUCAUGAAUAAUUGAUUUACAUGUGUAAUCGUUUUCUAAAUUGUGUUUGUAUGAUAGUACAAAGCCCAUCAUGGCAUGUAUAUUAAAAAUGAAUUAAAACGAGGAAAGUUAACUGUUGUUAAAGAACAUGAACUUUUCAGUUUCAAAUUCAAUGAAUAAGUGGGUACAAAUCAUGAACUAAUUUUGAUUAUGUAUAAUUUAUAAAGUUGCUUUCGAUCUCGAUUGAAAAACGUAUGUAGGAAAAUUAAUAAUUUUAAGAUGUACAUUGAAUUUAAAAUCUCCAAUUAAACUAAAGUGAUGAUAUAAAUGAAGUAACAACUGGAUUGUAACUAAAGGAUAGCUUUAGUGAAGCAAGACAACCAGAAUGAAAUUUUAACUUAAAAAUACGUUUUUCAGGACCAAUUUGCAACACUGUACAUUAUUUGUAUAAAGUUUAGUUUUUAAGUAUGUGGUAAUUGUUGCGUUUAGUAUGUUUGUGUAUGUGUGUUUGUGUGAGAGUAAGUGUGCCACCAAAAUUAAUUAUCCUAAUUUAUUACCAAAUAUGAAGGUCUCUUUUUGCAUCGAUUUUGAUUAUUUGGAGAGGGGAAGAAAAUUAUAUUACAAAUGGCAUGAUGAUAUAAAGAACUAUCGAUACUGUCCUGUAAUCGAAACAAAAUUGAAUAACCACCUCCUGGUCUGAAAAUAGUUGAUAAUUAUCGACAUUUUCCUUGCCUUUGAAAUUUUCCUCAAUCUUGCUUCAAGCACCCUAAACCUCUCGUUCAAUUACUAUUGACAUUAGUCUCCAAAUACUUUCAAUUCUCUCUCCAUGCUGUUUCAGCAUUUGAAAUUCAAAAAUGAACUUUCAUGUACAUACAUUUUCUUUCUAAAAUGAUACCGGAUUUGAUGCAGCCAUCUGACUUUCUCUUUCAUCUGAAGAACAGGAAUCCCAAAUUCCGUGUUCAUUUCUUUCCUUGUAAAAAACCAUUUGAAAGUCGUUAAUUAAGAUCAUUGUGGGUGCAAACCCAGUUAGUCAUAAAAUAGUUAUUUGUGUGUAAUAUGAUUAUCCUUCCCUCCUUUCGAAGAGGAUAUAAAAUAUCCUCCAAUUAUGAUUGUGUUUGGCUGUUUCUUGUCCAUUGCAAAAAUUAAUUCAAAAUUACCAAUUUUUUUUUUUUUUGUAAAUAUUCAUUGAAGUAAAUUUCCUAGAAAUUUAUUCAAUCAAAUGGGAGCAUCAAAACGCACUGAUUGUAAUAAUGAAAUAAUUAAGAAAAAUAGUCCUGUAAAAAAUUUAUUUAUAAUUAUUUAUUAUUUUGUUUUUCAAUUUGCUUUAUUUUAAAAAUAAAGGAUAAGUUGAAAACAAAAUUUUAAAAUAGUGGAAAAAUUGAUACCUGUAGUUAAACCAUUUGUUGUUGUUGUUGUAAAUAUGUUUGAAAACCCCUUUGUGUAUUAUUGAAAAAAUCAUUUUAAAAAAAAGAAAAACAGACAAAAAAAAUAUUUAUGUGAACAAGAAAACAACUCCUUCAAUUUUCAUCUCUUUGUUUUCUUCAUUUUCUUUCAUAGUUAUUGUACGUAUUUGCAUUAGCUUUAUUGUUAUGUAACUUAGUUUGUUUAAUUAAGGACAUGAGACUGACUGAAAUUAAAGAAAGGAAGAUAGUUAUUUAAGUACAAUGUGUAUAAAUUGAGUUGCAAUUUAUAUUUAAAAUGAAAUAAAAAUGUCAAGUAAUGAAGACUUAAUUAUUUUUAUGUAUAGUUCAAAAUCAUACCUACUUGUUAAUUGAUUGAUGGAAACAAUUUCAGGACAAUUUUGUCCUCUUUUCUCAAUAAUUCAUCCAGUCGUUGACCUUUCAUAACCAAUUUUAGUUCUCAAUUUUAUUUACCAUUUAUAUUCUCGUGAGUGUGUGUGUAUGCAUGUAUAUGUGUGUAUAUACCCUACAUAAUUUACCUCUACUAAUAAUACCUAUUUUCAGCAUCUUCCAAUCACUUUGUUUUAUAAGGAAUCAUACAACUUAAAACUCGAAAAAUCCUUGAACCAAGGACGAGGUGUGAAUUACCUCGUAAAGUUUCAUUUUAGGAAUAUUUGACACUGUUUGAUUCUUUUAGUUACCAUUUAACACGCUGUUUCGUUCCUUUAAAGUAUUUUUUGUAUAACUUGCCAAUUUAUUUUCUUUUUUUUAAUUAAUAAAAAACUUUAACUUCAAUAAAGUUCCUGAUUGCGGUGGGAAAAAACAAAGUUUUUGGAAGAAAUCGUGAUAGUCCAUUUUUCUGUCUCAACUUAUAUAAAAAUUUCAUCGAUAACAUCUCCUUCUUGUGUCAGUCAUAUGUCAUUUCAAAAGUUACAAAGUGCUGUUCAAUGCGAAAAAACUGCGUUUUUUACAAUAGUAUUGCAGAUGCUGUCUAAUUUAUGAAGCUUAUUAUAAAUGCACCUUUUAGGUUUUGAUCCAAUUUCCAUGUAUUGAUGAAAUUUCUCAUUAAUUCAGAACUAUCUACGAAACAUAUGCAUGUCUGAAUCAAAAUUACUGCAGAGCUGUUCAGUUCAGAAAUAUCCCUUUUUGCCACAUCCCAAAACUGGUAACCUAAAAGGUGCAUUUAAUUAAUGCUCUCACAAUGUGUAGAUUUUCUUACUGUCCGUUUUGUCAUCACAUUUGUUGUGAAAAUUAUGUAAAAAAGAUUAUUAAACCAAAACCCUUUACACUUAUACAUGAAAACAUAUAUUAGGAGGAAAAAACAAAUUAUCAACUUUUUAAAAUCUACUCGACACUCUUUUGACUCGGAAUGAUUUUACUUCCAUGUUUUUACAUCUUUCAAUUUCAUCCCUCUCUGUAUGAUUGAUUUUAGUUGUUCAGUGAAAGUAUUCUAUGAGUCCUAAAUUGUUAAGCCCCGUGAUAAUUUUUAGUAAUAAUGUAUUAUGCUGAACAUGCACUACUUGUUGCAGAGCAUUUUAUUUGUUUCUUUUUUUCAACCUCUUUUCAUUCAAGACUCUCUUGUUUCGUAUCUACCGUUUUUUUCAAUCCAUCUACAGGGGACAGCUCUGUGAAACUGUUGCCUUCAUUUUCUUUAAGUCCAAAAUCUCGAGUUUAACAAAAUUACACAUAUACAUAUAUAAAUGUUAACUAAAAUUGGAAUGAAUAUUUUUUCGGUAGGUUGUCCGUGUUAAAAACUUCAUGUGUAUUGACAAGUAUGAAUAUUUCUUUCUUUUUGUCUGAAAUAAUGUAAAAUAUAUUAAAAAAUGAAUUAUAACAUGCA